GACGACCGGCUGGAGAAGGCGAUGGCCGCGGCGUACACCUUCCUGCAGAAGAACCCGAAGCACGAGCUGACCGCCAAGUAUCUGGGCUACUACCGGAGCAUGGUGGACGUCGCCGAGGAGUCGCUCACCGACCUGGAGGCCCAGCCCUACGAGGCCGUGUUCCUCCGGGCCGUGAAGCUCUACAACAGUGGCGAUUUCCGCAGCAGCGCCGAGGACAUGGAGCGCGCCCUGGCCGAGUACCUCGCCGUCUUUGCCCGGUGUCUGGCGGGAUGCGAGGGGGCCCAGGAGCAGGUGGAGUUCAAGGACUUCUACCCGGCCAUAGCAGACCUCUUUGCAGAGUCGCUGCAGUGCAAGGUGGACUGUGAGGCUGACCUGACCCCCAACGUGGGCGGCUACUUUGUGGACAAGUUCGUGGCCACCAUGUACCACUACCUCCAGUUCGCCUACUACAAGUUGAACGACGUGCGCCAGGCCGCCCGCAGUGCCGCCAGCUACAUGCUCUUCGACCCCGGGGACAGCAUCAUGCAGCAGAACCUGGUGUACUACCGCUUCCACCGUGCACGCUGGGGCCUGGAGGACCAGGACUUCCUGCCCCGGGAGGAGGCCGCGCUCUACCACAAUCAGACGGCCGAGCUUCGGCAGCUGCUGGACUACUCUCGCGCACACCUGCAGGCUGAUGACGAGAUGGAGCUGCAGGAGGCGGAGCCGCCCCCUGAGCCGGAGCACCCCCCGUCCGACGCGGAGUUUGAGGGGCCCGGGGACUACGAGGAGGGUCUCUACGCAGACUGGUGGCAGGAGCCAGAUGCCAAGGGGGACGACGCCGAGGCUGAGCGGGAACCUGAGCUGGCAUGAGAAGGGGUCACCCCAGGGGUCACCGCACCCCUCCAGAGCUCAGGAAGCUAGGCGGCAGGCAGCAAGGACUAUUUAUGAAAACCUGACUGUGGACACUGCUGGUCUGUCCCCACCGAAUGCACCGCUGCCUCUGCUGUGUCCCGACCACGGGGCCGUGGCCAGGCCGUGUGCAGGGGUGACGGGAUCCCCCGCUUCCUGGACAACAUCCUGCAGGAGUUCUGGCUGCGGCUGGAGUCCCCGCCCGAGUUGCAGUGGGACAGCAGGGCCGAGGAGCACUGGAGCAGGAGUCCGGGAGCUCCAGUAGACAGUGUGUGCUCAAUAAAUGCUCACUGUUGGUGAAGGGCA